AUGAAUCCAGCUAUGACACCUUAUGCAGCACCUCCUGGAUUCUAUGGUGGACCAUACCUGCCAUCUCUAAAUCCAUAUGGGUAUCCAUCUCCUUGUGUACCAGUCCCUGGGAGCUAUCCAGUACCAUUUCCUGGAUAUGGUGGACCAUUCCCACAACCAUUCCUUGGACCACCACAGCUGUAUCCCAGCAUACCCUAUGCAUAUGGCCCAUGUCCUGGAAUGUUCCCGCCUGGAUACAUGGUACCUCAACAGCAAUACCCACAGCCAUGA